AUGCACGCCGCUGUCGUAACAGCUGUUGGCAUCGUGGUGGAUGCCGUUAUCUUGGAACGCUGUAUAGAUGAGGAUGAGUUAGUCCAAGAGGGAAAAGCCUACAAGUCUCUCUUCAUGAAUAGUGAAACAAGCCGCGGUUCACUCUUCACACCACGAGGAUCAGAUGUCGUCACUCAACAACGUUCUUCUAUGCUUUCUUCCUCUAGUCUAGGUCAGGCACGUUCAUCAAUUCAAAGUUUUUUUUCAGCCGCUGUGCCACACUCUAUUAUGAGUGAUAAUGUACAUUAUGAGUGUCAAGCGAUGAAACAUCCACUUCCACAACGUAUAUUUCAUCUUUUUGAUGUUUUGCCCUUUGGAUUAGAAUCUCCAUCUUCGGUAUUUAGUGUGAUAGGUCGUCAUACGAAUAGAGGUCUUGUUCUUGGUGUUACCGCUGAGGGAUUAUUUAUUGUACGUCCAUAUCGUAAUGGUACACUACUACAUCUCCAACCAAAUGGGACGAAUCGAAAAACUGUAACAAAAAGUUCUUUAAUUUCGAUAGAGAAAAUGUGUAAUUCUUCUACUGUAUAUAAUGACAUAAAAGAAUUUCGAGAAAUUGCUAAUCGUUGGAUUGAUGAGUCUAAAAACUUGGUAACUGGAGAGAAGGAAAAGGAAGCUUUUAGACAAGGACAAAUGGAAUCUUCAGAUGACAAGGAUAAAGAAGAAAAAGUAGAUUUACUUCAGGGAAUGGAACUUUGGGCAUUAAAAGAUUUGCAAUUACCACCUCUAUUGGCUUUACAUGAUCCUGUUCCACCUUUACGUGUGGGUUCACGUGUGUUAGCACGACGAUUUGCCUGUGAUCGUACAUUACAUUUAGCACGUGUCUGUGCUGUUCGCUAUGAUGUGACCUACACACUCCGCUAUGAGGCGGAUGGAGGAAUAGAUGAGAAUGUACUGCACAAUGAUGUACACUUAUUAGAUGAUUCAGAAGCCGAACAGUGUGGUGUACGGGAUAAAGUAACAGUAGCCUUACAGAAACAAUUACCAGCGGUCAUUAUUGAAUGUCUUGGUGGUGAGGAAUAUCGUGUUAUUCUUACACAAAACCCAAAUCGAGCUCUUACGAUUACACGUCGUCAUAUUGUCUUUAUCUCACCACUUCUAAAAGAAGCACUUUAUGCUGAUCCGGUUAUUCUCGAAUGGUUUCGUGCGCUUGAUCCCACCGGUUCAGGUGUAGUGCCAUGGAAGGAAGUACGGCAUCUCAUUCUUGAAUGGGAGACAUAUGGACAACGACUCUCAUUUCAGAAACUUGGUGAGAUACAACGGGAUUUGUGUAUACGUGUGGGGCGUAUGGAACCGCAACACCUGCGAAAGGUGCCAGUGCAAGAAGAAGAAAUGCUUCUUCGCUAUGAUGAGUUUGAAUAUGUAAUAUUACGGGCAAGGAAUCUUUUAUAA